GGUCCUGACGCAGUUCUUCGUAUUCCUGUACUGCAAAUGUCUGUGGCGAACCCUGAAGUUUGUGAUCCGGAAGGUCACCGGGCGAUGCGAACUGCAGCGUAUCUGCUACAGUAACAAACCGGGGGCUCGCAGGACCCUCAAGAUAGAGUCCUCUCUUAGGUUUUCUAAGAAUGAGCUCCUCCAAUCUGCGGUCAGUGUACAUCCAGAUUCAGUGGAGAAGACUAUCGAUGACAUCAUGACCCUGAAAAAGAUCAAUCCCGACACAAACCCACAGUUGGGCAUCUCUCUCCAGGCUAGCCUCUUCCAGAUUGUGGGCUACAGGAACCUGGUGCUGGAGGUGGAGAAGCUACGUAGGGAGCCGUAUGACUGUGAGAACGCAGAGCAUGAGGAAAUGCUGCUUAAGCUGUGGAAGGCCCUGCGGCCUGAAACUCCACUGACUGGACGCAUCUCUAAGCAGUGGUGUGAAAUUGGUUUCCAAGGCAGUGACCCGAAGACCGAUUUUAGGGGCAUGGGCCUCUUGGGACUGCACAACCUCCUAUACUUUGCAGAGCAUGACAAGGCUGCGGCCCUGCAGGUGCUUCACGACUCACUGCAGCCCAAGCAGAGCAAGAUGAGCAAGGCAGAGUGGGAAAAGAAGAAGUUUGAUAAAGCGAUCGGAUAUUCCUUCGCCAUCGUGGGCAUCAACAUCACUGACCUGGCCUACGCGUUGUUGGUCAGCGGUGCCCUGAAGACCCACCUGUACAAUGUGGCUCCAGAGAUGCCAGCCUCAAACUUCCAGCAGACCUUCUGUUACCUCAUGCAGGAGUUCCACAAGUUCUGGACAGAGGAGGACCCCUCCGACAUCAUGGAGUUUAACCGUGUCCGUGCCAAGUUCCACAAGAGGGUCCUGAAGCAGCUGAAGACCAACAUGACCCUGUGCCCGCACUUCGCUGCCUCCGACCUCCACCUGGUCAACCUGUAG